AUGUUGGCUGAUAUUCUCAUAGGCGUUUCCAUAUUCAUAUCGGAAAGUCCAAAGACUUCCAUUGCAAUUGCGCUUGCUUGCGCUGGGGCUUACUACCUUGCGAUAUACCCGUUCUUUAUUUCUCCGCUAAGAAGUAUCCCAGGGCCCUAUUUAUUCCGUAUAAGCAAGUUCCGUGCCUUGAAUGGCCAGAGAACUAAUAGGUGGAUAAACACGGUGUAUGAUCUCCACAAAAAGUACGGAAAUGUUGUUGUGAUCUCACCGGAGGAGGUCAGCGUCAAUGGAGACUUCAAGUACGUUCAAGAUAUCUACGUGAGAAACUUUCCCAAGCUGAAAUUCUACGAAAACUUCAGGAAUCAUGGAUUCAGAGAUAAUAUCUUUGCAUCUUUAGAGAACGACCGUCAUUUGAAAUAUAAGAAGAUCUUGAUGCCGCUUUACCAGAAGAGCACUCUUUACUCGACAAGUAACUCUACCAGAUCAAUGUUAAGGGAAAAGGUUAGUCAGCUAGUAGAUCAAGUGUACAUUUCUUCGGUUACCGGAGAGAAACCAGACUACAUUAACGCCAAGUCGGAACACAAUGAGUUUGGUAAGGGCCAUUUAUUGAAAGAUGAUGGUGCCUGGCUCGAUACUUCAUCAAAGACAAAUUUAGGAAUCGAUGUUUACUCUCUAUUCGCAAGUCUUGCGAUGGAUGUAGUGCUGGCCUUCGAAUUAGGAACUGAAAAUGGAACUGACCUAUUGUUACAUCCUGAGGAUAGACACAUUAUCGUUUCACAUAGGUUACAGGCCGGUAUGGGAUUCUGGACGACCUUAAUGCCCAGAUGGUGGGAUUGGGCUGCCACCAAGGAAAUCUUGGAGGCUUCUGCAACCGUAGAGUCAUGGCAAAUGGAAUUGUAUGCAAACGCAGAGAAGGCCGAGACAAAGAGAAGCGACGAUGAUGAAAAGUACACGAAUCUAUGUUCGUUGGCCACUCUAAAGAAGAAUGGGUUCUUUGGCAAGGAUGCGUACAGUUUUUUGAGUGAUAAUAUUUUUGCCGGGCACGAGACGACUGCCAUUCAAUUGGCUUACUUAACUUAUGAGUUAUCACGUCCCAGCAAUGCACACAUACAAGCUAGACUUGUAAAAGAGUUGAAAGAUACAUUUGGAGAGAAAUCUGGAGACUCUUACGAUAUUAUUGAUGAUUUAGAAACGGUCGAAAGCCUAAAAUUUCUUGAUGCUAUAUUUCAAGAAAAUUCCAGAAUUCAUACUUCCAUUCCUGGAUCUGAACCAAGGGUAACAAGUAAAGCAUAUCCAGUUGUAGAUGAGAAGAAGGGGACCUCCUUGGUUAUACCUGAAGGUACAGUGAUAUCAUGCCAACCGUACGCUGUCCACAGACAGGAGAGCGUAUUUCCUAACCCCAAUUGUUUUAUCCCCGAGAGAUGGUUGCAGUUCGAACAGGAGUCAGAUUUUGAUUACAAACAGAGAAUGAUAGCUCAGCAAAAAUACAUGAUGCCUUUCGGUAAGGGAAUUAGAAUGUGUUUGGGAAUGAAUUUGGCGGUUAUUGAGAUGAAAUUGGCAAUUGCAAAUCUUUACUACAAUUUCCACUCAGAGAUUAGUCCAGACUGGUGUACUAUUACGCCAGCAAAUGGAAGCAAGGUUGGAGAUAAAGAUACUGCAGCAAACCCAAUUGAAGUUGGUGGUUGGAAAGCUGGCGCAAACGCUACUGACGAAGAAAAAAUGUGUAUGGUGGACUCUUACACAACGAGGCCACUCAAUGACGAGGUGUGGUUGAGGUGGUUCAAAAAUUGA